CACAAGUCGACUUUCUGACGAUACUUAAUCAUUUGUCGGGUGUAAUGCACUUUGUUAUUGUUUUAAAUCUGUAAAUAUUUCCGUCGGGUUCGUUUUGCCGUGCCAGCGAGGGAAUUACGUCUCUUCGAGUGAUAAAAUCUGUCUCAUUCUUGACUUACGUACUAGUCGACGACCGUGCCAGUGAUCUUAAUACCAGAAAAUCGAAUAAUCCAAUUGCUAUAUGGUGAAUUGUAUAUUGUACCGUAUCGUUAUUUUCAACGGACUAUAAACAUCGUUUAAACAAGUUUUAUCGGUUUCGUUCGGAAGAGAAUUUUUGUCGUAACAUACGUUAGUACAUUCGCACGUGUUCUUAGAAUCUAUUCCGACAGAUAGCGGAACUUAAAAACUCGAACGUUCGCUGAGACAAAAUCUGAAAUUGUUUUGUACGACGGAUACUAUCCGUAUAUGGUGAUCUUCAAUUGAUCGCGUUGGAUGACGAUCGAUAAAAAGUGAUUGGUGAAGUGCGUAAUAUCCAUGAGCAUCUAAUUUAAAUUAACCCGCGAGAUAAAAUUCUAAUAUAGACCAGUAGUACUUAAACGAUACUGGCAUCUUUAAAAGUGAUCCAAGAAAAAGACGCCUCUCGAUGCCCGAGCGUGCUAAUGUUGUAUGAUAGCAUGCAGUUCGCAUAUCGUUACACGUGGAACCGAGAAAUCAUUGUUAAUUCCCAAAAACUGGUAAAAAGACGUUGAAUUGGGACUACUCGUGUCCCUGUAGGUGGACUUGGUUACUUCGCAUCGAAAAAAAUAUACAUCGUACCGUGCAUCAAGAACAAUUUUUCAAUCUAUAUUCUUCCCUUCUCCUUUUUCUUUUUUUAAUAAGGGUUCACGCGAAAACACUCGCACGUGAUAAUGGCUGCUACAUGCUUUAGUGAGCCUUUUUCAGACUGGUUAGAGGAAAAAAUUGAGCUGCCCAUUUUUGAGGAAUUGCCAGUGUCUGAAAGUGGACAACUUAAAUCAACGUCAUACAAUGAAGUUACUAAAAUUCCCCAGCAAGAUCACACACAAACUCUGUUGCAAGAGUUUGAAACAGUUCUCGAAGAUGUGGAAGCUUGCCAUCAAAUAGUCCCUACAUCGAGUUCUACGCUUACACCCCCCCAAUCGCCUCCACCACAUAAACCAUUAAGCGUGGAUACCCAACUACUUGUUACUUUACAACCUAUACAACCAUUGUAUUCUAAUCAUCAAUCCACAUAUGAUGUGGUAGUUUUUGAGGAAAAAUCGUAUAUUAAUGAAGUACCUGUACAGUGGAACACAAAAAAUAUAUCAUUGGAUCCAUUAAAUGCGGAUGUUGCACAUGACUUAGCUGUAGUGGAUGAAUAUGUACGUUUACAUACUGAAGAUAUUCCACCAUCUAGUCCGUGUACAAGCUCUGGCGGUAGUUACACUUCAUCGGAAGAUUCUGUGGACGAUCCAGAUUGGAUAUUGAAAUCCGGUAGGAAAUCUACCAGAAAUCGUCAGAAACCUUACUCCCGCCCGUCUGUAGAAGAUAAAAAAGUCCGUAAAAAGGAACAAAACAAAAAUGCAGCAACGCGUUAUAGGCAAAAGAAAAAACAAGAAAUAAAAGAGAUAUUGGGCGAAGAACGUGAACUUGCGGAUCAUAAUGAAAAAUUAAAGAAUCAAGCGAAAGAUUUGCAACGAGAAAUUGGAUAUUUAAAGGGCUUGAUGAGAGACUUAUUUAGAGCCAAGGGUCUGAUCAAAUAAUCCGUGUAUCGAAUACAGUUAUGUUUAAUCAUGUUUAAUAAAUUUAUUAGCCAUAUUUUUUGACACUAACUAUUUUACAAUGGUACUAAUAACGUAUUGUAUUACAUAGACUUAGAUUAUUGAUUGUUAUUCCUUAUUUUUUAACUAGCCAAGUAUUUGAACGUAAAUCUAAAAUCUAUCACAGCUUCUUAGUAGGACUACAGAACCAUCAUCGUGUAAUCCAUAAAAUAUGCACCAUUUACCAAUUUAUCGACGAUUUGUUAAGAUUAGCAAGAAAGAUACAUUAAAUGACGAGAGAAUUUAUUAAGUAUACAGUCCCAUGAAACUCGAUCGAGUGGAAACUUGCUGUUACUGAGAAUUCUGCGGGUGAUUUAAUGCAUUUUAAUAAUGCGAAUCUUUCCAUUCCAAACAAUUCUAACCCAAUCAAGUUAUGAAUUUUCUUACAAAACAUAUUGUAUCAGAAAAAUAAUAAAUGGGUUAUUAUGUAAUAAACAUUGACAUUACUGUCAGAAAUA